AAACAAUUAGCAAUCAUCUAUAUAAUAGAUAAGUUGGAUAACAGCAGAGCAGGUAGACCGAAAGUCUAUAAUCUUUUUAAGUCAUCGUUAGCAGAUAUUACUGAAAAAGCUAGUACUUAUUUGUGGCUGUUGGUGGUCAACUUCAGUCCCGAUGUCAUAUUUAGCUCGUCCAAUGUAUAGUUUUAUUCAAACGCUCAGUCCUAUUGUCAGUUUGGAGUAAACCCAGCACUUGCUGCACAAUUUUCAGAAAUAAUGGAAGGAAGAGAACAUAUAAACUCAACACCACAAGUUACAGAAAUACAAGGAAAUGAAGGGACUACAGAUCAAACUGUACAAAGUAAUACAAAGGCUACAAAUGGACAUGAUCAACAACAUGUUAUCGACAUUCAUACUAUUAGUUCAGCUCCAGCGCGGCCUCGAUCUUCUACUGGUGAUUUAUUUGAUGGUAAUAAAGAAGCAAGGGAAAAAUACUUGAGUGUUGGUGUGGAACUGUAUAAAGCUGCAUUGAGAGGCGAUUGGGAAACCGUGAAAACCAUCUUAGACGGUGAUCCAAGACUUUCAACAGCAAGUAUUUCAAGAGGAGGCCAAACAGUGCUCCACCUCGCUGCUGGAACAAAGCACGUUCCUUUCGUUGAGAAUUUGAUCCAAAGUAUGAGAAUAGAAGAUUUAGAAGUGAGGGAUGAGAAAGGGAACACGGCCCUCUGUUCCGCCCUCGGCAGCAUCACAGGCCAAGCAGUUGCAGAGAUUUUGUUAGAGAAGAAUACAAAUUUGGCAACCAUUCGAGGUGGUAAAGAUAUGACACCACUCUUCAUAGCUGCUCUGUUUGGACACUCCGAAAUGGCCUCCAGUUUGUACCCAAAAACGCUAGAGUGUUUGGAUGACAAUGACCGUCAUUGCAUUUUCUUUACUUGCAUCGUCACUGGUCUCUAUGAUAUGGCACUUAAAAUGCUGAAACUUGAUAUCUGUUUAGCUACAAAGCGUGAUAAGAAUAACAAGACAGCUUUACAUCUCUUGGCUCUAAUUCCUUCGGCAUUUGACAACGAAAGUCCAGAAGGGUGGAGCAAACUCUUCAAAUCUGCAUAUUUACACUUUGGAUUUGAAAGAAAGCAGAAGCAAUCUAAAGCCGCCGAGCUAGUCAAAUUUCUCUGGGACCAUAUUUUGCUUCAAGGGCAUGACAAGGCGAUUGAUCUUAUAUCCAAGCCGACAAAACUGCUGUUUGAAGCAACAAAGGUGGGGAACUUUGAGUUUCUAGCUGCGCUGAUUGGCUCUUACCCUGAUUUAAUAUGGGAAACUGAUAGCCAAAAUCAAACAAUAAUUCAUAUUGCUGUAUUAUAUCGCCAUGCCAAUAUCUUCAACUUAAUACAUGAGAUUGGUUCAAUCAAAGAUGAUCUUGCUGCCAAAAAAGACACUGAAAGCAACAGUAAUAUAUUGCAUUUAGCUGCCAAGUUACCUUGUCCGGAACGACUCAACGUUGUAUCAGGAGCAGCUCUACAAAUGCAACAAGAAUUAUUGUGGUUUGAGGAGGUGAAAAGGAUUGUGCCGCCUCAUUACAUAACACAAAAGAACAAGAAAAAAAAAACUCCAAACGAAAUGUUCACUUCUCAACACAAACCACUAUUAUCAAAGGGAGAGGAAUGGAUGAAAAGUACAGCCAGUUCAUGCAUGAUUGUGGCAACUCUAAUAGCGACUGUGGUCUUCGCAGCAGCCUUUAGCUUACCAGGAGGUAACAAUGACGAUCAUGAUGGGACCCCUAACAAUCUUAAAAGUCACUCAUUUCUAAUUUUUGUCUUAUCAGAUGGCUUAGCACUAUUGAACUCAGUUGUUGCAAUGCUUAUGUUUUUGUCUAUCCUUGUGUCUCGCUACUCGGAGUACGACUUUCUGAAAUGGUUACCAUUGAAGUUGAUGGUUGGUCUCACUACACUUUUUUUCUCAAUGGUAGCCAUGAUGAUAGCAUUUAGCUUUGCAUUCGUUUUGGUUUAUCAUCAUCAUCACGGAUUAAAAUGGGUCCCUCUUCUAAUUUCUUUGUUUGGCAUCGUUCCUACUGCUUUGUUCGCUAUUCUGAAAUUUCCUCUUCUUCUUGAGACCUUUUUAUCCACAUAUUGUUCAGGGAUGCUAUUUCAGACCAGUAGACGAAUGUUGUAGUGAAAUAAAUAGAAUGUUGUGUAGUAUGUUGCAUAUUAAGUGUUUCAAAGGCGUGUACUUUUUUUAGGGUUGUACCUAAUCAUCAAUCUCGACUAUGUUUCUCUUAAGCACUUA